UAUUUAACAGUAAUUUUCAUUCGAAGAUAUCCACCGGUAUGCAAUGGCUACGGCAACCAUCAAUCAAACGCUCCUAGCCUUCCCUUCCCGCCAACCACCCAAACUCAACAAUCUUCAUCACCAACACCAUCACCUCUUCUCCGCCCUCACAUCUGCCACCACCAUCGCUCAACUCAAACAAAUCCAUGCUCAAAUUCUCCGGUCAGGACUCGACCGUUCAACCUCUCUACUCCUCAAGCUCGUUAUUUCCUCUUGUGCUCUCUCGCCCAGCCUCGACUACGCUCUCCUCGUCUUUAACCAGAUUGCAGAUCCUGAGACACACAUCUGCAAUCGAAUUCUGAGAGAAUUUUCGAGGAGUUAUGAACCUGACAAGACGCUUUUCGUGUAUGAGAAGAUGAGGAGAGAAGGGAUUGGGGUUGACAGGUUUAGUUUCCCGCCACUUUUGAAGGCAUCAGCUAGAGUGGCUACAUUGAGUGAAGGAAUGGAGAUUCACGGGCUUGCUUCAAAACUGGGGUUCGAUUCGGACCCAUUUGUCCAAACGGGUUUGGUUAGGGUUUAUUCUGCCUGUGGUCGGAUAUUCGAAGCGCGGUUCUUGUUCGACAAAAUGUUGCACAGGGAUAUCGUUACUUGGAGCGUGAUGAUUGACGGUUAUUGUCAGAGUAGACUUUAUGAAGAUGCGUUGCUGCUGUUUGAAGAAAUGAAGAACUCUGGUGUAGAGCCAGAUGAGAUGGUUCUUGCUACAAUGCUUUCUGCCUGUGGCCGCGCUGGAAAUCUAGAUUAUGGAAAAGCAAUCCAUGAUUACAUAUCUGAGAAGAAUUUCUCCCUCGAUUCUCACUUGCAGAGUGCUCUUAUCACCAUGUACACAAACUGUGGUUCCAUGGACGCAGCAAGAUAUUUGUUUGAUAAGAUGUCACCAAAGAAUUUGGUUGCAUCAACAUCCAUGGUUUCUGGGUAUUCAAAACUUGGCAAUAUUGAAGCUGCUCGCUCCAUUUUCAACCAAAUGGUGGAAAAGGACUUGGUUUCUUGGAGUGCAAUGAUCUCUGGCUAUGCUGAGAGCGAUUGUCCCCAGGAAGCUCUUAAGCUAUUCAAAGAAAUGCAAGUCUCAGGUGUAAAACCUGAUCAGGUCACUAUGUUGAGUGUUAUCUCAGCUUGUGCACAUCUUGGUAUGCUGGAUCAAGCAAAAUGGAUCCAUAUCUUCAUUGACAAGAAUGGGUUUGGGGACAUUUUGUCUGUAAACAAUGCCCUUAUUGACAUGUAUGCCAAAUGUGGAAGUUUGGUGGGUGCAAGGAGUGUUUUUGAUAAGAUGCAUAAAAGGAACGUUAUAUCUUGGACUAGCAUCAUAACUGCAUAUGCAAUGCAUGGGAAUGCUAAUGAUGCAUUAUGGCUCUUUGAUCAGAUGAAAGCCAAAGGAGUUGAGCCCAAUGGAGUGACCUUUGUAGGUGUGCUUUAUGCUUGCAGCCAUGCAGGGUUGGUUGAGAAGGGCCAUCAAAUUUUCUCUUCCAUGAUCAAUGAACACAAUAUCAUGCCCAAGCAUGAGCACUAUGGGUGCAUGGUAGACCUCUUUGGUCGUGCCAACCUCCUCAGAGAAGCACUUGAGCUUAUAGAGACAAUGCCCAUUCCUCCUAAUGUUGUCGUUUGGGGAUCACUCCUAGCCGCUUGUAGAUUACAUGGUGAGGUUGAGUUGGGGGAAUUUGCAGCGAAGAGGCUCCUUGAGCUAGACCCAGAUCAUGAUGGUGCACAUGUUCUCCUGUCAAACAUCUAUGCUAAGGCGAAGAGAUGGGAUGAUGUUGUGGGGGUGAGGAAAUUGAUGAAGCAUAGAGGGGUCAACAAAGAGAGAGGAUGUAGUAAGAUUGAAGUGAACAACGAGAUACAUGAAUUUGUUAUGGCUGAUAGGAACCACAAACUAGCUGACGAGAUAUAUGAAAAGUUAGAUGAGGUUAUUGGUGAAUUGAAGCUGAUUGGUUAUGCCCCAGAUACUGGUAGUGUAUUGGUUGAUCUAGAAGAGGAAGAGAAAAAGGAGGUUGUUUUAUGGCACAGUGAGAAAUUGGCCCUUUGCUUUGGGCUGAUGAAUGCUGGUAAAGGCUCUUGUAUUCGCAUAGUCAAGAAUCUUAGGGUUUGUGAGGAUUGCCACACUUUUAUGAAGUUGGUUUCUAAGGUGUUUGAGAGGGAGAUAGUUGUUAGAGAUAGGACUCGUUUUCACCAUUAUAAAGAUGGUAUUUGUUCCUGUAAAGAUUAUUGGUGAGUUCAUGUAUUUCUAUUUUUUCUUGUAAAGGCCAAUUCUGUUGUCUGAUAUAUCUUUCAGAAAAAUUAUAUUGUCUGAUAUAUGUAAGAACAGAUGAGCUGAAAUUGAAGAGCAGGUUAACAACUA